ACUUCUCGUUCUUACGCAACGCUAAUUCCAGAAAUUCACAAAGACUUGAGGGAUGAGGUUUGUAUAUUUUACUUAAUUUUGCGUGGUUUGGAUACAAUCGAAGAUGAUAUGACAAUUCCCAUCGAAAAGAAAGAGCCAUUGUUAAGAAAUUUUCAUGAAAUUAUUUUUAAAAAAGGAUGGACUUUUACAGAAAACGGGCCUGAUGAAAAAGAUCGACAGUUGCUUCUUGAAUUUAAUAUUGUAAUUGAUGAAUUUUUGUGCUUGAAAAAAGAAUUCAGGGAUAUUAUAGCAGAUGCCACCAAGGAAAUGGGAAAUGGAAUGGCAGAUUAUGCUAAUGAUCCUGUACAUAAUAAAUAUGGUAUCGUGACCCUUAAAGAUUAUGAUAAAUAUUGUUAUUCUGUAGCAGGAUUACCUGGUAUUAGUCUUACCAGAUUAUUUGUCGUCAGUGGAUUGGAAGAUCCAGAAAUUGGCAAGAACCUAGAAUUAGCAAAUACGGUGGGAUUAUUUAUACAAAAAACCGGUAUGAUCCGAGAUUAUUUAGUUGAUGAUCAAGAGGGACGUCAAUGGUGGCCAAAGGAAAUUUGGUCUAAAUAUUUUAAAGACUUUUCAGAACUAAAGAAACCAGAAAAUGCAACGGGUGCUGUUAAUUGCUUAUCAGAUAUUAUUCACAAUGCACUUCUACAUCUAGAUUAUCAAUUUGGUUUAGGAAUCAUAAUUUCUUUAAAAAACAUGUCAAACUUCGAAAAGGCCAGUCUGUUAAGUCGUGUCAUUGCUAGUAAAAAUGAUCCACAAGACCCAAAUUAUUUGAAAAUCGGUAUGGCAUGUGGUCAGAUUGAACAAUGGUGUACAGUUAAUCUUCCAGAUCUUGAUAAUUAUCAAUCAUCAACAUCCAAACUUCCUAGGAUGACAUACUCCCGUCUCAAAAGUUUAGAACUACCUGAAAAAUUAUAA